UCAACUUCACCAGCUCGAGACGAUCCAGGAAAAGGCCCACCGAUAUCUGGAUUUAAAUUAAACGACGUGCACGUAUAUAUAUAUAUCUUUUAAACAGUUGAGGAUUCACGAUUACUCACUCUGCACCGCUCCUGGGAGGGUGAACCGGAUCCGGUUGGACUUCAAUUGGAGCGCUUUUGAAAGAUGAGUGCCACCAGAUAUCAAUUUGAGCAGCAGGGUCACAAUGGCCGUCGCGAGGGGAUUGCCUUCUCACCCAUCAAAGACAAGGGGCCAUCGAAGCGGAAACUCGGCAUUCUGAUCGGGGUCCUUGUGGCGCUUCUCAUCCUUGCGGCCAUUGCAGCGUUCCUCGUUUGGUUCUUUGUCUUUAAAGAUGCGGAUUCAAAAACAGCCACUCUUAGUAUGAAGCGUAGCCCAUCAGUGCAGGUCUUCAGUGGGCAUAUGAAGCUGGUUGAUGUCCAGUACAAGCAGGAGCUGGAGAAUAGCAGCAGCAAGGACUUCAAGCAAUUGGCGGGAAAACUGGAGGCAGUUCUUCAGGAAAACUACAAGAAAGAUCCAGUCCUCGGAAAAUACUUCACUAAGUCUGCGGUCACUGCAUUCAGUGAGGGUGUAAUAGCCUACUAUUGGUCCCAGUUUGAUAUUCCAGCCGAAGACCUGGAGGUCCUGCCGGAGUUCUCAGAAGAGCUGGUGUUGGAGACACUGGAGAAUGGCAUAAAGGCGCAGCGCAGCAUACAGAGACGGAGUGAUGUCCAGAUCAGUGAGAUCACCGCCUCAUUCACAGAUCCUCGUAUGGCCAGGAACCCCAGUGCCAACGAGUGUUUCUACCAUCUGGAGGCCGAGACAGUGGCACAAAGAUUUUCAUCACCGGGGUACCCAAAAAUCUACCCCCCCAAGUCUCGGUGUCAGUGGCAGAUCCGAACUGCAGUGGGCAACGCCAUAUUUCUCACUUUCCCUUAUUUCGACAUCGAGGAUGACUGCUCUGAUGAUUUUGUCUCCAUCUAUGACUCUUUGAGUCCAGAUGAUUCUCAGGCCAUCACAGAGAAGUGUGGUCAGAGACCCCCCUCCAACCCUCUGGAGGUGACUUCAUCCGGAAACAUCAUGCUGAUUAAUUUUAUUACUGAUUCUGUUGUCCAGAGGCCUGGCUUCGAGGCCGAGUAUAAAUCUAUCCCCAGGUCUAAAGUUAGUGCCUGUGGCGGUGCUCUCUCUGAAAAUAAAGGAGACUUCACCUCCCCACUUCACCCCAGCUUCUAUCCUCCUGCAGUGGACUGCAAGUGGACCAUCAAGGUCCCUGCUGGGAAAAAGGUGCGAGUGAAGUUCACCAUGUUCCGCAUGAAAGAGCCUGGGGUAGACAUCCGUGUGUGUCACAAAGACUAUGUGGACAUUAUGGACACCAAGUAUUGCGGAGAGAUGUCCUCUUUGGAGCUGACCAGCAGAACCAACGUAAUGGACGUGAGCUUCCACUCUGACGAGUCCUACACUGACAAAGGCUUCAGUGCCAUCUACAGCGCGUUCGAUCCGGCCAACCCUUGCCCCAAUAAGUUUGCCUGCGCCUCUGGCAUCUGCAUCGGGAAAGAGCUGCAGUGUGAUGGCUGGAACGACUGCGGUGAUAUGAGUGACGAGAUGAAGUGCAAGUGUGACGAGGAUCAGUACUCGUGUGCCAAUGGCCUGUGUAAACCAAAACUCUGGCUCUGCGAUCGCGUCAACGACUGCGGAGAUUGGAGCGAUGAGAAAAGCUGCAGUUGUGAGGAGAGUGAGUGGCGCUGUGGCGAUGGGGAAUGUAUGCCUCAGGAUGUCGUGUGUGACCAGAAGAUGGACUGUGAAGAUGGAAGCGACGAGGCCUCUUGUAAAACGACUCCGGGCGUCUGCGCUGACUUCAGCUUCAAGUGUAAGAACAAAGAAUGUGUCAACAAGUUGAACGUCGAAUGUGACCGCGUUAAAGACUGCGCUGAUAACUCCGAUGAGGCUGACUGUGCUUGUGGCACCAGGCCCUAUAAGCUGAACCGCAUUGUAGGAGGGCAGAACGCUGAGCUGGGGGAGUGGCCCUGGCAGGUCAGCCUUCACUUCCUGACCUAUGGACACACUUGUGGUGCCUCAAUCAUAUCUGAGAAGUGGCUCCUUUCGGCCUCCCACUGCUUUGUCACCAACAGCCCACAGAACCAUGUUGCAACAAACUGGAUCAGCUACAAUGGCAUGCAGGACCAGUACAAACAGGACGGCGUUCAGCUCCGAAGACUGAAGAAGAUCAUCUCCCACCCGGAUUACAACCAGAUGACCUUUGACUAUGACGUUGCGCUGCUGGAGCUCAGCGAACCACUGGAGUUCACCAACACUAUCCGACCCAUCUGCCUACCCGCUGCCUCCCACGUCUUCCCUGCAGGCAUGUCCUGCUGGGUCACAGGCUGGGGCGCGCUCCGAGAAGGAGGCUCAACGGCACAGCUGCUGCAGAAGGCAAUGGUGAAAAUCAUCAACGACACAGUAUGUAACAUAGUCACGGAGGGCCAAGUCACCUCCAGGAUGCUCUGCAGUGGAUUCUUGGCUGGAGGAGUUGACGCUUGCCAGGGAGACUCUGGAGGCCCCAUGGUGUGUUUCGAGGAGAGUGGGAAGUGGUUCCAGGCCGGCAUUGUGAGCUGGGGUGAGGGCUGCGCUCGUCGGAACAAGCCUGGUGUCUACUCGCGCGUCACCAAGCUGAUGGACUGGAUCAAGAAAGAGACAGGGAUUUGAUGAUGGCGGUAGGAACAGGGAGGGAUGCAGAGAUCAACAUCUUAGUGCUAAUAUUACUGGAGUGGAACAUUUGAGUCUGAUUCAGGACAAGUCUCUCCAAGGUUUAUUCAUUUAGCGGCAGACUGAGGCUACUGUUGCACGGACCCAACUACUCGCAUGCAUGACUUAAAGCACAUAUUUUGGAUUUACACACCGAAUAUUUUACAGUUUUUAAAAUCGUUAAAUUGAAAACAGGAGAGAUGCCGUCAUCUUCUUGGGCAUCUUGAGUGAAUGUUACACUUUGUCAGUGUGCUCAUGCUGUAGAUAGCUAUACAUAUGGGUUUUUAUGUUUUAAAUAUUUUAAAGUACCACAACUAUAAACAGAAGAAAUAGGGACAGGGAUGUCACCAAUUAGUUUUGUUGCAAAAGUAAGUAGUAAAACAUACCUCGUCCAACCAUAAUUUCUUAAAUUUAGACCACAAACUCAAGUUUACAAAAUGUACUAGAGUAAAUUGAGAAGACGUUUUCUCAGAGAUUUAGGACUGUGGCUAUAGGAGUCGCCCCCUACUGACUAUUAGAAAUAAUGCAACUUUGUAACAAAACACUGCUCCAUUACCACACAGUUCUUCCCGCAUCGAAAUAUAGCACCGGUUUCCAGAUUGAUUUAAAGCAUUUGAUCUGCUGGACAGCCAUUAGUCUCGGAUUGUAUUUGUAUAGUACUUUUAGAGACAUCAGCAUUACCGGAAAGCAUAAUCUAAAAGUAGUUGAGAUUUAAAAAAAUACAACAAGAAAGAAGAAGAAAAAUCAUUUUCAUUCCAUACUAAAAUCAAUGGAAGCCUGAAGCGUAUAUAAUGCAUAAAUAAAUCUAAAAAUUCACAACUGUAAUGUUAAGUAUACCAGAUCUGUAUGCUGUGUGCUAAAAGAGGCAAAACUCACUGACGUGGAAAUAUGCAAAUAACCUUGAAGUUGUUUUAAGUUGUUGAUCUGAACUAGAUCGGUGUUUCUAUAAAAUAUUAACGGAUGCUUAGUGGCCUUGCCUGGUCUGUGAAUAUUUUGCCAAAAUGUGAUAUUCAAAAGGGGGACAAAGGAUUUGACUGGAUCGUUUAUUUUACUCGUAUUUUACUUGUGCCUUCAUCACUGAGUACUACUGGAAAGAUUGUCUCCUGGAUAUGCUAACCAAAGAUUUACAUAAGUGUUAUUUAUUGGAGGGAAUACAUUUGUUGAGGAUGAUGCUCAGCGGACCUCUUUUCUCAAUUCCAUGGAGCCUUGCAGUCAAACUAUGCAAGCAUACUUGUGUGUUUUUUUUAAAUUAGGGAGAAGCCAUACUUUUUAGAGGAAAGAUAUUUUUAAAAUAAUUGUGGUGUGAUUUGAAAUGUGUGCAUAUUUUAUAAUCUUUGUUUGUGUUUCAACGACAAAAAAUUUGUUGUAAUAAAGAUCUUUCAUCUACCCAA